AUUUCUCCCGCAGCUUCUCGGCGACAUUUUGCGGAGCUCCCGGGAAAAGUGUGGCUUUCAGGGUGGCAAGGGGCGCUUCACACCCAGCAAAACCAACCCCAGCACUCCGGAAGCCCCAGAUUAGUGACGUGAGUGUGCAAAUUUGCCAAAAACCACUCAAUUUCUUGCGAAAAAAAAGAGUCAAUUUGCCAAUAGCAGGGCGUCGACCAUGGAAAAUUUUCGGGUGCAACUCAUCAACAUGGGCACGCGAGCGGCAGCUUAUCAAGCCAAGCUCCGCUGUCUCUAUGAUUACCACCUCAGGCUGCUGCACAACAUCAUUCCGCUCCCAUCUGGAGUGGACAUUGCCAACAACAUCAAGUACUUCUCUCAGACGCUGCUCACGCUCCUGAAAGAUGUGCCAAGCUCGCCGUACCAGAUGAUUAAGGACCCAUCGCAGGAUCAGGCGCGCAUGUCCGCCUACCCCAACCUCGAGUACGGAAACCUCUACAAUGCCAUCAACAUGCUGCUCGACGUGGCGUCCAACAUUCAGUACGGCCUCGUGAUGUUCGGCAAGGCGGUGCUUCAGUGUCUCAGCUGCAUCCUGCCGUUCCUCGACAGGGAUCUGAUCGACAAUCUGCCCUACUUGACGGCGUCCUGCAUCUCAGUCUUGCCACCGUCGCUCCAUCAGGACGUCAUCAACUCGCUGUGCUUCUACAUCCUUCCGUUCACCAUCACUCGCCAAAGCGUUGAGGAGCAGGAAUGUCAAGCCUGCCAAUCAGUCUCCGCUGUUAUCAUGCUGGUUUUCCAGUACUCUUCCAAUCCAGCACAUCAUUGUCAGCUUCUGGAGUGCUUGAUGACACUCAAGCACAACGUGGUGAAGGAUCUCCUUUGCGUCAUCGCCUACGGAACCGCAGCUUCGAGAUCUUCAGCGGCCAAGCUUCUGUUCUACUACUGGCCAGCCUUCAACACCAAUCUCUUCGACCGCCGAGGACUUCUCUGCAAGUUCACAAAUGACUUGGUGCCCUUCGUCUGCCAGAGGGAAUCCUGCCCAAAUGCCGGCAACGCCGAGGCCGUUAAAGUGUGCUACAACCACAGCAUCAGCAUCAUCUAUGCUUCAGAGUGUCCGCCGCCGCUCUACCUCUGCAUCGAGUGUGCCAACGAUAUCCACCGGGAACACCCUGACCAGACCUUCUCCGACAUUCUGCAUCCCAUGCAACAAGUGUCGAUGGUCUGCGAGAACAAGAAUUGCCGUUCAACGGACAAAUCAGCAGUUUCCAUCUGCUUCUCCACCGAGUGCGCCAGCUACAAUGGAAACCACCCCAUCAGAUACUGCCUCCAGUGUCAUGGCAAUCGCCACAACAGCCGACGAGGUGGAGAUCACAUUGUGCACCGCAGUCUUCCGCCCGCCUGGCAAAUGGACGCGGAAAUGCAGACUUACAUGGUUGAGUCCGUGGUUAGUCUCUUGCGCGAAGCGAAGCCGCAGAACUUCGAGCCGGGAAAGGACUCAACGGUGGAUUCCACUAAGCCUUCCGUGUCGAAUGCGCCGCAGGACAACAUAAGCUUGGAGGAGAGACAGCAAUUGGGAAGAUACGGAAUCUGGCUGCUCGUCGGCCGAUGCACUCCCACUCAAGACACGCCAGUCGAGAUUCUAGGACGCCUGCUAUCCAUGCUGUUCCACUGGUUCCACGUCACAGCCUAUUCCUACGAAGGACAGCUCGAGAGUCCUCUGGAGAAGCUCAAGAUAGAGCACGUCUGCGGAUGGCUGCGCGACAUCAGCAACAGUCACUACAAGGACUUCAUCGCUUGCUUGCUGCCUCAUCCUCCGGAGUACUCCAGAGUCGGCGGUCAUUGGGACACUCUGGCCUCCAGGACGUCCCACCUCAAGGAAGGAUUGCAGCGCCUGAUCUGCCUGGUUCCGUACGAAGUGAUCUCUUCGGAGAUCUGGGACUUUGUCAUGCCGCACUGGAUGGAAGCCAUCACGAAUGACGUUCCCGAGAAGGAACUGCCAGAGCUCAAGAUAGUCCUGAGUAAGAUCCUGGAUCCCGAAAUGUCUCCUUUGGGCUUCGACGCCAAAACCAUGUACAAUUUCGUGGCGAUUCGCUUUGAGAAGACAACGUCGAAAGUCCAGCAACAAGCUCUGCAUUGGCUGCAGAUCCUGACGAAGUUGGAGAUCCUGAUUCCGCUAUCCCAGUUGUUUGCCAUGUUUGGCGAUGGAGUGAGGAUCAUGAAGCAGGGAAUUCACCAUGAGAUGAGAGACAAGAAGGACGGGAAGACGUCUGAGAAGAAGGAUCAAGCGCCGAGAAGAUCCUCAAUCUCUCCUGUCGUCGAGGACGAUUCGGAUGGCAACACUUCGGCGAUCUCAGACGAUGAAGCUCCGCACACAAAGACAACAGAGUUCGCCACGGAUGCGGAGAACAAUCUGACGUGCUGCAUCCUGAUGCUGGACAUCCUGCUGAAGCAGAUGGAGCUGCAGGACAUCGAGCAGCACAUGGGGAUUCACACGAGUGUGUGCGAGAAUGUCUGCAGACUGCUCAAGUGCAUGGUAACGGCGGCCAAGGUGGGAAUGGGCAGUCACACUUGCGGUCUCAAGAUCGCCGAUUGCGGAUACUGCGAAGCUUCCGUGAUGUGGCAUCAAUUGUCCACGAAGCUGGUUCAAUUCAUGGCGCCCAAGAAGCCAACUCGACCCCCAGAUCCGCCAAUUGAGGAGAUCUUCGACGACGAGCGAUCGGCCAGGAAGAGUCCGCCGGAGACGGAGAAGGAGCCGAAGGGACGCGACAGGGAUGUGUCCCUCUCAAUGGCGCCCCUGCCAAUUCCGCUGGGACCUUUAGGGGGCUUGUGUUUUCUAGGUCCAGUACCCGUUGUCCUGCCACAGCCGCCGGAGCCACACUCGAUCGGAGGCGUGCUCGUGUCCAUGCCCAACGUGUGCUCUGGCCGUGAACAAGAAAUUGCGCGCUUUAUUCAUGCCACAGACGAGCCGUUGUUUCAGAUCAUGACCGCCACGGUGGAGACGGUCUCUGAGCAGCUAGAUCUGGCUGCCAUCAUGCCCUCCGAGAAGGUGGUCACGGCUGUGGCGAGGUCCGUCACACUUUCAGAUGCAGACGUCGCAACGGCCACUGUGCAAGUGGCGAAGCCCAAUCUUGUCGGUGGUCCUGGAAGCGAAGGCGACAGGAGCGGAGAUGGCGAGGAUGGAACUGACGAGUUGGAGGACGGAGAGGACUUUUGGCACACUUCAGUUGGCAAGUUCAAGUUCGCUCUCGAUUCCCUGCCUCAGCAACUGCAGUACAUUCAUCAACUGUUGAAGGAGCUGCCUAACAUUGAGAAACCGGACAUUCUCUACUACAUGCUUCAGUGUCUCAACAUUCUCGCUCUGCACGGAGAUGCGCUGUCGAAAGCCGCUCGGGAUCAGCGAGGAUUCUUCAUCUGGUGUCAGGAGAAUCUACUGAUCAAGAACUUGUGGGAAUUGAGCAACGCCGAACAUUCACACAUUUGCGAAUCUGGCGUUCCUCUGCUCCUGCACUGCAUCACUCUUCCGCAUGGAUCCGAUGUCUUCUGGAGGAUUGUCCAGGAGGCCUUCCACGAUUCCGACUGGAGAGUUAGGUUCACCGCUGUGGAGCGCGUGACAGUCAUCACGCGCUUCAUGGACUCGACUCCUCUGCGCACAGAAGUUGGACUCCAGACGGCGCUUGCAACAGCUUUCUGCCACUUGAUCGCCAGCAUGGACGACAUCAACGUCCACGUGGCGCAGAGAGCAACGCUCUAUCUGGGAACCAUUCAUGACAAUGCCAUCAAGAGCUUGCUGUUCUGUCUGGAGUCGCAGUUCGAUCUGUUCAUUGUGGAUCGUCCUGUUGUGCUCCAGAGUGUCUAUCAGCUGCACAAUUCCUUGUCAGAUCGCAAGGUUCUGGCGUGGGAUUUCUUCCUGAAUCGCUUCGAUACGCUGUUCGUGGAGGCGCAGGUGAAUUUGGAGAAGAACGGGGACAUUUCCUACCUCAGAGAUCUGAGAAACUCUGAGAACGGCAGCGAGAUCCUCUCGUCGAAGAUCAGCAAGGCGCGCGAGGCGCUCAGCCAGUCGGACGGAACAGGGAGUAUGGCAAAGACACUGAGUGCGUCCUUCGGGCCCAAGUGGCCGUACAAGCGCACCAUGUCGGCUCCGGCCAGCAUCAUUCCGCGCCAGGACUCGAAAAUGGGUAUUCCGCUGACAUUUCCAUUCCCGAAGAUGUUUUUCAGUAAUCAAGUCCCCUCCACAACAGAGAAGGAGAAGGUGUACAACCGCCAAAUCUCGGCGCCAAUCCUCAAGCGGAAGAGCUCGCGCUUCGGACUGGAUGGACACUUCCACUCGUUCGGCGGCGCCGGCGAGGACACUCUGUCCGGCUGCCUGAACAGGAUCAUCGAUCUGGAGGAGCAGGACAAGGAGACGAUCCACCUGCUCGUCUUCCUGCUCAUGCAAUUCAUGUCGCGCCCAGAUCAGGCCUUCCCGUCUGAGGAGAAGCCCAUGGCCAAGGCGCAGUCAAUUGUGCUGCGCCAUCUCUAUCUGCUGCUGGGCUUCAGCCAGCAGGAGAAGAACUUCCAACUCCCCCCGGGAAGAUUGCGCAGCUCCACCGUCUUCAACGCUUUCCUGGCCAAUCUGCCACAGGUGCUGGACCAGAAUCACCUCAUGGGCUGGACGAUCAUUCCCACGGCGCUGCAGAUUCUGCUGUACGCGCCCAAUCCCAUGAACGGCACCUCCGCGCCCACCGCCGAGGCGCAGGCCAACCUGGCCUACACCUACUCCCUGUGGUUCCUGGAGCCGCACCAGCGCCGCAACUGGCUGAUGGCGGUGAUCGUGGUGCUGUACAAGUAUCAGUACACGCAGCCGCCGCUCUGCUCGCAGAUCAACCACGUGAUCCGCAUCGUGCUGAACUGCCUGGAGUCGCAGUUCCACCAGUGCAAGCGAAUCCCCGCCACGGUGAUCAUGGAUCUUCCCGUGUCGUCGCGCUCUCGAGACGUCAGCCAACCAUCCCUGGGCACAGAUCCUGAGGACAGAGUGCAGGAAACUCCGCCGGCAUCGCCGAUCCUGGCCGCAGAGGGAUCCGGAUCCACCUCGAAGUCCAAACCGACGAAAGCCACGUUCAGGAAGUACCAUGACUCCAGCCUGGAGGCGGAUGACACAGAAUCUGAGCUCGUGGCGAUUCCCGAGAGUGAUCUCUCGGACAGCACACUUCAUGGCAGCAGCGCUCCUGGAUCCUUCGACGAUCCGCUGCACUUCGAGGAGAUCUGCGCACCGCUGAAGCCCGAGAUUCUGCGCAACAAAGCCACCGCGCACACCGUGACGACAGCCAAUCUGGCUACGGCGCACGUGGCCAUGUCCACGCUCACGCCCGGGGACAAGGUGGAGGAGAAGACGGAGACGUCCACGAGCAGGAAGACGCAGAAGGUUGUCAUGUCGGGCGGAGCGAAGAUGCUCACGUACAAGACGACCACGCUGGAGACGACGAAAGUCACCACAACCAAAUCCUCCGUCUGCACCGUCCAGGACGGCGUGAAGCUGCUGGUGACGGCUGGCCAGGCCAAGGAGCGAGCCAUCCUCAAUCCACCGGUGUCUGUCGAGCGGGCAGUUGUGGUCACGCAGCCCACGAUGAGCGUCCGGGAGAUGCAGCAGACGGAUUCCGAGAGUGAGGGCAAGAAGAUGAACUGGACAGAGCAGCCUUGUCCCUCGCCCACGCCCAGGACUCUCGGGAGGCAGAAGAGGAUCGUGGAGCCCAGCAUCACGCCGGCCAGCACGCCAACGUCCAACGCUGGACUGCCAUCGCCCAAUGAGGAUUCCAAGAGCAACUCGAAGGCCAUCAACAAGCGCGGCUUCAAGGUUGUUGAGAAGCCCGAGAGCUUCGGAUCUCCAGACUCGCCACUCUCGAAGAUGAGCAUCAUGACGCAACCGUCGCAGGACAGCAGCGACGGGCUUCUGUCGCCGAAGAGCGUUCAGCAGCUGGAGAUUCCCACGCCAGAGCGCCUGUUGCCGAUUGGGCAGCACGGAAAAGAGGGCAUUGCGCAGCUGGCUGAGCGCGUGAGGGAAGCGCUCACGAUCCCAGACGUGUGUCAGCUGAAGCAGGACAGCCUGGACAAGUCCGAUGGCGAGCAGAGACUCUCCAGCCGCGGAAGCUCGCCCAGAAAGCUGAUCAAGCAAGUGGCGCUGGUGGAAUCGCCUCCGGAUGUGCAGACAGUGCUGAAGAGUGUGACUGACUACAAGAUUUCUGGCAUGAGGACGCCUGAGCAGUUCAGGGUGCAGCGCCAGAGGGCCAAGAAAGCCCUCAUCUCCGAGCCUUCGUCCUCUCUGGACAGGACAAUGGCGAAGUACGCAGGAUCCUGGCAACCGCUCCACUUCCGCCAGGAAGACUCCGAUCCAGACGACGACAGCCAUCACUCGCAGACUUCCGAGAGUCGCAGGAGCUCUUAUCGCGUCGGCGACGAUUGCGUGUGCGGAAGAUGCGGAGAGUGCGGAGCAGUGCUGGAGGAGUACAGCGACGAGGAGAUCGGCAUCCUCAUCAUCAUCCUGGGCACGUUCAUUCACAGGGAGCCCUCUCUGGCCGCUCCCUUCCUGCCCGAGAUCCUCCUGGUGGUCUCCAAGUUCGCCAUGCAGUUCACGUUUCCCUGGCAGUGCGAAAGCACCACGCAUCUGCCCGGAGGAUCUCAAUCCGUGGCGCAUCAAUUCAUCCGCUGCGUCCUCCACCAGCUGGCGCCCAACGGCGUGUUCAUCCAGAUGUUCCUGACCCAGGCGAAUGAAACGCAUCGCAGGAAGUUCUUCAAGAGCGUCGCGCAGGCUCUGAUGGACUUCAACGAGCUGAAUCCCACCAGCCCAAUCCACCUGCUGGUCGAGAGUCUGAACAGCAAGAAGACGCUGCCGCUGGACUCCUUGCCAGUCACUCUGCGCAACAUGGCUGAGUAUCUGCAGUGCGUGCCAUCAGACAUGGGCCCAGGCGCCUGGUCGACCACGAUCCAGGGCAUCGAGGCGCUCUUCCGGCGCCUGAUUCUCAUCCUGCCCAGCCUCGAGGAGCCCGAGAGUCUGCUGGACAUCAUGGUGACGCUGCUGAAGAUCCAGGGCGUGUCCAAGGCCGUGCUCGAUCCCUUCUCGAAGGUCCUCAGCUUCGCCAUCCAGAAUCUCACGCUGAAGCACAAAGUCCUGCAGGAUCUGUGCCUGUUCAGCAGCCGGGCGUUCUCCAAGGAGCGCGACAAGCUCCAGCUCUGCCGCCAGAUGGUGUUCGAGUUGGUGCAGGCGCUCAAGUUCAAGACCAACAUCCCGGACGCCAAUCUGUUGCUGCUGGUCGGCUUCGUGCUGCAGGACGCCGGCGGCGCCGUGCCGCAGGGCGCCAUCGCCGGCCUCCCCGAUCAUCCGCCGAUCUACACCAACAACUCCGGCGAGUGCAUGCGGCAGUACUUGAACGACGUGAUGGACUUCCUGGCGGACUUCCACACACUCAGCAAGAUCAAGAACUUCAAGAGCGGCGCCGCGGCGGCGGGACUGAGCGAAGACACACUCGGCGGCGUGCUGAAGGGCGCCGUGGCGCAGUAUCUGGCGCUGGAGAUGAGUCGCGGCAAUUCCAGGGACAACAAGGCCGUCUCGCGCUACCUUCCGUGGCUGUACAACGCGCCGUCGUCGCUUCAGCAGGGCCCCAAGGAGUUCACGGAGUGCGUGGGACACAUGCGCCUCCUCUCCUGGCUCCUCAUGGGCUCACUCACGCACACCGCGCUCACGGCGCAGCGCAGCGGCCCGAUCGGGCAGCACGGCGCCUCCGUGCACUACCAUCUUCAGCACCCGGCGCACACCGUCACGCAGCCCGUGCCACAGGAGGCGAGCUGCCACAUCGCCGACCACAUCCAGGUGAUCUUCGCCGGCUUCGCCGAGCAGUCCAAGACGUCCGUGCUGCACAUGUCCAGCCUCUUCCACGCCUUCACGCUCUGCCAGCUCUGGACGGUGUAUCUGGAGCAGGCGUCCUGCACGGCGGCGCCCUCGAGCGAGCCCCACAACGUCACCAUGGCGAUCCUGCUGGAGUUCUGGGCCAAGGUGACGCCCUGCAUCCUGCAACUGAUCACGCACUCCAAAGUCGUGAGUAUUUCUCAAUUCUUCCGCAGCUUCUUCAGCCUAAAAUCCCCUUUUUUCUCUCUGCAGCUCUCUGAGAUGGUCAAUCUGCACUUCCUGAGCCUCCUGGAGGCGCUCAAGGAGACCAAAUCCACCAUCCUGGCCAAGCUGCUGCCGCUCUGGAGCCCCGUGCUGUCGUCCAACACUCAGCUCUCGGGCACGCUUCACGUGCGCCUGCAGAGCUGUCGCGACUUGAGUCCCAGUCCGGAGGAGCAGGAGCUGCACUCCUCAGACGCGCUGCUGAAGUGGCUGCAGCGCCUGCAGUUCAAGAUGGGCCAGAUUGAGCUGCAAUCCUCCACGGCGACGCAGUUCUACUCCAUCUAA